AUGUCUGUUCAAACUCCCUCUCCAUUAAAUACACCUGGCGUCAAGAUGUGGUCGAUAGUCGGCCUCGGGGUGGUGGCAUACCUCCUGUACAGUCUGGUCAACACUUUGAUCCGCUUCCGCCGCAACGUGAACAAGGCCAAACGGUCUGGAAUCCCCUAUGUUGUCGUUCCGGUCUACUAUCUUGACACAUGGUGGCUUGUGAGCCAUCCGUUAUGGCUGCCAUUCCUCGCCAAAUUGCCCGCUAGCUGGACCCGAUGGGUGGACUUUUGUAUCCCGGACUUCUGUUACCGCCGUAGUAUCGAAGUCUUCCAACAGGUCGGUGCCGACACAUUCCUCGUGGUUGGUCCUGGAGGCAUAAUGAUGCACACCGCGGACCCAGCCGUCAUUACCCAGAUCACCACCAGGAGGAAUGAUUUCCCCAAGCCCAUCCCUAUUUACCGGUCUCUUGACAUUUACGGCAAAAAUGUCGUGUCAACUGAGGGUGCGGUUUGGCGGCAGCAUCGCAAGGCCACGAGUCCGCCAUUCACGGAGAAGAACAAUCACCUCGUCUGGGCAGAGAGCAUCGACCAAGCUUCCGAUAUGCUGGCUUCAUGGGUGGGACCGGAAGGAAAAGGCGACAUCACCGUCGAUAGGGUCAUGGAUGAUACCAUGCGUUUGAGUCUGUAUGUCAUUAGCAGAGCAGGGUUUGGAAGGAAACUGGAAUGGCCUUCAGCUGAUGCCAAGGCCGAUGUUGACGUGAACUAUGUCGACAAUUCCAAGAUCCAGAAUGAUCAGGGUGAUCGAGAUCUCGGUCAUUCGAUGAGUUACACCUACGCCAUCCAUUGUUUGUUGGACAAUAUUCUUGUGCAGUUCCUCCUGCCUAGGUGGCUCGUCAAGAGCAUUCCGUUUGCGAGGUUUCAGAAGGCUAACGAAGCCUAUUAUGAGUGGGGAAACUAUAUGAGGGAGGCCGUGGCGUCCAAAAAGAAGAUGCUUGAAGGUGGAAAUGAAGACAGCAAAGACCAGAUGGAUCUUCUAGCCCAAUUGGUGAAAGGUCAGCUCACAUCUGAAAAGAGCAAGGACGUUCCUCUCACGGAAUCUGAGGUGCUCGGGAACAUGUUUGUCUUAAUCCUCGCGGGACAUGAGACCGCCGCCAACUCCAUCCACUUCUCCCUGCUUUACCUGGCACUCAAUCCAAAGAGCCAAAGGGCUACGCAAAAAGAUUUGGAUCGGAUAUUUCAGGGGAGGCCCCCCUCUGAAUGGGAUUAUGACCGCGAUUUACCUGCUCUGUUCGGCGGCAUGGUCGGUGCAGUAUUGGCCGAAGAGCUGCGGCUGGUCCCGCCUGUCAUAGGAAUACCGAAGUCGACUUGGGGUGUCCCCGAUCAACCCAUCACGAUUGACGGAAAGGCCUGCACUGUCCCCAGUGGAGUCUAUAUCAGCCUGGCAACAGGAAAUGUCCAUCGGAAUCCCAAGUAUUGGCCCACAAACAAACCCUCGUUGCCCGGUGGGAAGGCUGCGCACCCAGCGGCGAAUCUCGAUAAUGACCUCGAGGAGUUCCACCCAGAGCGGUGGCUUUUGGACGAAGGGAGUGAGGUCGAACAGGAGACGGCCAAUGGCAAGAAGGAAAUGCCCAAUGAGACCGUUACUGCAGAUGGCUUGGGUAUCAACGAGGCAGCUGACACCUCGGAUCGAUUCUACCGUCCACCUAAAGGAGCAUACCUCCCAUUCAGUGAUGGGUAUCGCGCUUGCCUCGGCAGACGCUUCGCCCAAGUCGAAGUACUGGCAACCCUGGCAGUCAUCCUGCAGAAUUACUCGGUCGAGUUGGCAGUCGACCAGUGGGCGACGGACGAGGAGGUCAUAGUGAUGGAUGAGGAUGCUCGCGUAGAGGUCUGGCAAAAGGCUGCCCAGCGAGCGAGGCACUUGCUGCUCACUGGCCUCGGCGUCAUCAUAUCUCUGCAGAUGCGAGCCGGACACGUCCCUCUGCGAUUCGUGCCCAGAGGCAAGGAACGGUUCCCUGACGAUGCAGAUGAGAAGUGGAAAGAAAAGCAUCCUGAUUUGUGCGAAGGAGCCCGGACGCCGCCUGGCUGGAGGUUCUGGGCUUCCUAA